AUGGCAACGGGCUACCCGUGGGAAUUUGAAACUACUGCCUGGCGGCUGUAUGUAUCUCGCUACACUGGCAGCCCGCAAAGGCAUUGUCCUUUACGGGUCUUUAUGGAUGCCCCUCAUCCUGCUGACACUCGUGCCAUUGUCGCAUUCCGGUCUUGUCCGACAAGGGUGCCCAUGUUCCAUCAGGCGACUCACCAUUCAUCAGUGACAGCUUGCGACCAGGAAAUGCUCAGAAACCUCUUACAAGCGCCCAAGACGGCGGCCACUCUUAUUCUCUCUGCUGAGCGUGGCACACGCCCUCUGAUGGAUCAUAGGAGGCACUCAUCUAGGGCUCCAGAACAUGGAAACACAGCGACAGUCGACUCUCGUCUGAAGUACGCUCCUUUCGAGAUUUGGCGCCUUGGAGCAAUCAUGAGCGGGGCCCUCGCGGGCGCUGGAUAUGCCAUCCCUAGGCCUUUGGCCGACAGUCCAAUUUUUGGCCCUAUGCCACAUUUUGGCUCGUUCGAUUGA